UUUUCUUUAUUCUCAACAGCAACGCAAAAUCCCUAGACCCCUCGAGCGGAUACUGGGCCGAAUCUCUCCCAGCCAUGGAAACCCCACUGUGCGCGGUCGUAGACCCAGCACGAGAUUUCCGCUGGCAUGCCCUUCGUUGUGGCGGCCCGGAAACGGCUGCCUUUCUGUGCGAACUACCCGUCCCGAACUGGGCAGCGGAUUGUACCGUCACCUCAAUGCCAUCACUAACCGUGCAGUACAUGUCGGACAGCGGAGCGGUUCAACUAUCCCGAGAUUGCGGUGAACAAGGAACCCGGCACAUGUCCUGCCAAGGUAAGCUCGACAGGGAUUCGAUUAUGCAGCAGCUUCAGUGUGGCGAUCAAGAGGAAGAUGCGGCUGCCGGUACAGCAACGGAAUCCACGGAAAAUAAUCAACUGUCGGGGGUUGAUGAUGUGGCGACACCUCAGCAAACGUCACUUCUGACGAGAAAACGACAGCCACCGGAGAUUCUUGAGCACGACAUACUGACGGUGGUGUCGAACAACGAGGAGGAUAACAAUAUCGACGUCAACCCGAAUCAGAUCGAGGACACGGUCAAGAAUGUGAUCAAUAAGUUUAAUUUGGUAGAUUUGAUGCAAGGGGAUCAAUCGUUGCACAGCGGUGAAGAUGGUGAUCAGGACAAGGAAGGUAAGAAAGCUGGGGGUAAGAAGUAUUCACCCUUGUUUGAGAAAAAAGAGAAGUUCGAUAAAAAGGGGGAGAAAAAAAUGGAUGAAGAGGAUGAGAUGAUGAUGGGUGAUCAACCGGAUGAAACGGAGACGCAGCCGAUCGAUAUCGUGCAGCAAGCGGUGAAACCUACCGAAGGGGACUCGGACGAGGGUGCGACCGCGGUAGUAGUAGUCGGAGGUUCGACGGAAACAGUAGCGGUUUCCAGCGAGGUAACACCAACGGAGAGUACUACAAUGGAUUCAAGGUUGCGAAGGUCGACCGAUGGAGAAGCGUACUCCGACAGUACGCUGGCUUCUUCGACUGAAGUGGUGACUACGGAAGCUUCGACUACAACCAUGGAACCGACUACGAGUAGUACGGCCAGCCAUAUUCUUCCGACUACCCCAAAGAAAGAGUUGGCUUCCAUUGGAGAUCACUUCAUCCCUCCGAUGUUGAUGGUUAAAGCUCACUUCUCUCCAACGCGAGCUCACGUGGAUACGACUACCACUGAACUGCUGACGGAGACUCCGCCGACUACCGCAGCUCCGCCAACAACUUCGCAAGUACCAUCAACGACAACGGAGGAGCUAUCAACCACCAGCCAACCGGAAGCCAUUUUUAGUAAGGAGAUCUCUUCUACGGAGGCAUCGUCCGUCAUGGAAACUGACGCAACAACCUCUCAUCAGAUUGUUGAGAUUACCUUCGAUGACGAAGAAUUAUCCUCUAAAAUCGGUACCCUGAGUAUAACGACCCGUCAAUUCACCACUGACGAUACGAAGCUAACGACGGGUGCGAACACUGAAAUAACGUCCGAUGCCAACAUCAGCACAGUUUACAAUGCAACUUCUACAUCGGAAGAUCACCCCUCUUCCACAACAAUACAGCUAACUAGCACUACUGUAGCUGCCAGUUCAUCAACGACUACCACAGUAGCUUCCACAACUACAGCGCCAACUACCAAGCUCCCGUCGACCACUCGAUCCACCAGCACUACCACCACCACAACCCCUGCUCCGGUUGUCAAUGUCCAGGAUCACGAACUGCACGACAUUUUGGAGGACAAUGAUGAUCACGAUUCUUCUGCGGAAGAACAAGAACACCACGAGGAACUGCAUAACAGUUUCUCCAACAUUGAAAACUACCAACCGUACAAGCCGAACCGACGUCGAACACUCACCAAACCCGAGGUGCACAACAAUCGUGGUAAUUAUAUUAAAAAGAUUCUCGGUUGAGGGCAGACUCGAGGCUAAUUUUCAUCGGCGAAGCUUCUCGAUUUUAUUUUCACAUGCCCCAAAGAAAGGCUACGAUUGGUAGCUCUGCUUUCGGGGUUCCGUUCGUCCAUCGAAACUUUCUUUUCUUGUUCCAUUCACAUAUUGACCUCUUAGCAGCAGUAGGAAUACAGACACGCAUUUUGCCCUAAUCUUCCCCUUUCAACUCAGAAAUAUUACAUUAUAGAGUACGAAAAUGUAGAACCCCGUAGAAAAAACAAUUUUUCGCAUUGACUCGCUUGAGCAAAUACGAAUAGAAUUUUCUCUUAGGCGGCCAGUCUCCUUCUGACUUAGAGAACCGGUUCUGUUUAACAACGUUCAAAUUCCUGUGAUCUUGUUUGCCAAAUCAUCCAUCGAGCACAAAAAAAAAAUCAAACAGAAAAAAACAAUUUAACGCGUAUAUAGCUAUAAAAUAGUUGCAGAGUUUCUGAUUUAACUUAAUUGACUACAUACUGUAUUGUUAGCGUCAAUUGACAACUUUACUGGAAUAAAUAGUUUUAACCGCAGGUUUUAAGCAAAACCCAGUUUUUAGAAACGAUCAAGAAUAAUUCUUUCCGUGCGAGUUAGUUGAAUAUUAGCGCGCUGGUAGGCAAACAAAACAAACAUACGUUGCCAAGAAACAUAUGACAUUCAUAGGCGCAGUAAGCACAUCAGAACAUCCCAGCAGGCGCUGAGUUUAGUAGAAUUAAAAAAUCAAGAAAAAGCUGCAGCAGAAUAAUAAAACAAAAAACAAACAGCAUAAAUUGAGUAAAAGCAAACAUGAAUAAAAAAUAAACUUUUUUCGCACACGCGCAACCCAUUUGCGGCUAGAUGAUAAGGAUUUACUGUUUUAAGAAGAUGGUUUUAAUACAAAUAAGUGAAUUA